AUGGGGAACACCACCCUCCUCAUCCUCGACAUCGAGAAAGGCGUUCUCGACAUGACUGGCGACAACGAGAUGUACCUUGAACGCCUCAGCCAAACCCUCAGCGCCGCUCGCGAGAACAACAUCAAAGUGAUCCACGUUAUCACUGCCUUCCGUCUCGGUUACCCGGAGUCCCACCCCUCCAACGUGUCCGUCACCGGUGUCGCCGCCGCCGGCCUGUUCGAAGAGGGCCACCCAUCCACCGAGAUCGACCCUGCCGUUGCUCCCAUCGAUAACGAGGUUGUCAUCACCAAGCGCCGCGUUUCCGCCUUCUUCGGCACCGAGCUCGACAUGAUCCUUCGCUGCUACAAUACCGAGCGAAUUGCCGUCGCCGGCAUCGCUACUAGCGGCGCCGUCCUCUCCACCGUUCGCCAGGCCACUGAUCUGGACUACAAGAUUACAGUCCUGAGUGAUCUUUGCAAGGAUCGUGAUGAGGAGACUCACGAGUUCCUGAUCAACAAGAUCUUCAAGCGCAAGACCAAUGUCGUUACCAGCGACGAGUGGAUCCAGCAGCUCCAGGCCGACAACCUCUUCUAA